GCGGCGGGCGGUGUCCGCAGUCGACGCCAGCAGCCGCUGGGAGAGGUUGUGCGGGAAUAUCAUCUUCCGCCGGCCUCUUGUCUCGGGCGCCGCCUCCUCCUUCCCCGCCAUGACCACCACGACCACCUACGAAGGGAUGGACCCCAGCGGACGCAGCAGCUCCAGGGUUCUUCGCCCACCAGGUGGUGGCUCCAGUUUCAACUUUGGAUUUGAUUUACCAAAAGAACAACAGCAAGGAGGCAGAAGGAACAAGAUGGCAUCCAGUAUCUUUGGGACCAUAGAAGAAAAUCCACCUUCCUGGGCUAGGUCAACAGCACCCAAAACCAGUGAUGCCAAUGAAAGUUCUGAACCACUUGGGUCACACAGAAGAAACUCUUCUGAUGCAAGCUCUACUGAUUGUGUAGAUCCAAAGGGCGGGGAAGGAGAAGCUCAUGAAAACACAGAAGUCGACAUAGACUCUGCAUCAGGCCUGAGUGAAGAGAAGCCCCUACCGGCUGCACCUGUGCCUAGCCCAGUAGCCCCAGCGCCUGUACCAUCUAGGAGAAAUCCACCUGGUGGAAAGUCCAGCUUAGUCCUUGGUUAAACUUGAUCAUCCUUUGCUUCUUCUGUCUACUUGGAACUCAUGUCUGUCAUCUUUGUUUUUUCUUCCAUGCUUGUGAACUGCACAGCUUGAGCCUGACAACUUCUCAAACUCUCAUUAAAGAAGCACUUUAUGUACUUCAUCUCCUUGAAAAAAGAAAUGUUUUUUUCUAACUUCUGUCUUGUCUCCCUUGGGUCUAAUGGAAGUGGCAUGUGUGAUUUCUUUUUCUAGUGGUAGAUAUAGAGCUGUAUUCACUAUGCAGUCCAUGGCUGACUGAAAGAUUUCUGAGGUCUUUUGUGGUGUGUUUCAUAAACUAGGCUGGUUGGUUCUGAGUGUGCUAGGUAACUUUUUUGUCCACAAACUAGUAGGACCCCUUAGUUGGUUUAGAAAGGUUGAAAGAUGGGAUUGUACAUAUCAGAAGAUGGAUGACAAAAUGUUCUUUCUCUCUCUCUGCAACACAUGCUGGUUGAGUAUCCAAGGUAUACUGUUCAGUAACUAGCAAAUAUCUAGUCCGGUUUGUGCAGAUUACCAGAUUAUUAUUACCAGAACAGAAUUGUGGUGGUAAUAAUUAACCAUGCUGCCCUCAAUAAGAAGAAUUUUGAUUCAACCGUGACAAGAUGAGACCAGUGCCAAAUACAGGGUUGCUGACAUGAGCCAGCUGUUCUAUUUCCUGAGUAUUGGUCCACUCUUUAAGUGACAAUAAAAUGGAUCUUACAGAAGUAAGUACUGGGAUGGAGACAAAUUGGUAAAGGAACAUUUCAGGUCCAAAUUACUCUAGUGCUAUGCAUGAUCAUGCUGGUGCUUGACAAUGAGGUGAAAAUCUCAUCCUUCUAAAUGUGUAUUGUAUCUUGAUAAAGCUGGAUUGUUGCUUAAAAAUAAAGAAUAUAGAAAUUUUGAA